AUGGGAUUGAGCGUUGAUGAGUGUCGAUGGAAGAAAGCUCAAGUCAUUUCAAUUGUAAAUGGAGUCAAGAUUGAAAUAGAUGAAUUAUCAUCAUCAUCGCAACCAUCAUCUUGUAAUCCAGGAUACACUCUAUCAUAUGUUCAAGAGACCAAGUAUGGAUAUACAGGUCAGUUGGCAGCUGCCACAACAUCAUCGGGAUACGGUGAUAAUUUGAAUGUAUUGGCAUUCGAUGUCUACUAUCACACCGAACAAAUGGUUCGUUUCAAAAUCUAUGAUCCCAAGAACGAGCGUUGGGAAGUCCCUUUGGUCAAUCUCUUGCCAUACCCUCAAUCACAACCAUCGACCACCGACUACAAAGUAUCAUUCACAUCCUCUCCAUUUGGUUUCGCUGUUGUUCGUCAAUCAACUGGUGAAAUAUUAUUCAAUUCAACUCCAUCUGCUGUUGAUUGUACUACAAACGGUUUAUUGUAUUCAGAUUAUUAUAUUGAAUUAUCAACUACAUUUGAAGAGUUGAAUCCAAAUUUGUAUGGGUUGGGAGAGAGAGCAGCUCCAUUGAGAUUGGAGAAUACUAGAACUUAUACAAUGUAUGCCAAGGGUGUUGCCAAUGCAAGUACAGAGUAUACCAAUCUAUAUGGAUCACAUCCAUUCUAUCUGCAAUUGUUGGGUACUAGUGGAAAUGCACAUGGUGUGUUUAUGCUUAAUUCUAAUGCCAUGGACGUGGUCAUGCAACCCAAUGCAUUGACCUACAAGAUGAUUGGUGGUAUUGUUGACAUGUUUAUCGUGACUGGUCCAACUCCAGUGUCGGUCGUACAACAGUACACACAGAUUAUUGGUCGCACAUUUAUGCCAAGCUACUGGUCACUCGGCUGGCACCAGUGUCGCUGGGGAUACACCAGUAUCGAAGAGACUGCCCAAGUCGUCGCCAACUACUCGUUGCACGGUAUCCCACUUGAAACCAUGUGGAAUGACAUUGACUAUAUGAACGCGUAUAUGGACUUUACACUUGACCCAGUCAACUUUAACCAGACCGCUGUACGUGCAUUGAUUGACCAACUCCACGAAAACAACCAACAUUACAUGAUGAUUGUCGAUCCUGGUAUCCACAAUCAACAGGGAUACGAGUCGUACGACUCGUUGGUACAGAGCAACGCUUAUCUCAAGACCACUAGUGGUGAGCAACAAGUGGGAUGGGUGUGGCCCGGCUCCACCAUCUUUCCCGAUUUCUUCCAUCCAAAUGCAUCGCAAUACUGGUUGGAACAAUUCCAAGCAUUUAGAGAGAUGGUUCCAUUUGAUGGCAUUUGGUUGGAUAUGAAUGAAUUGGCUAAUUUCUGUAAUGCUUGUAUUCCUUGGUUGGAAGAAGGUAUUGCUGAGGAACUUGAAGCAAGCCAGUCAGAGUCAUCUUCGGAUGCAUUCGAUCCAAACAACCCACCAUAUGUCCCAGGUACAACUAUUAUCUAUUUUAAUUCAAUCAACAUGUCAACUGUACAGUACAACAAUACCAACUAUUAUGACGCCAAGUCAUUGUAUGGGUUUAUGGAGAGCAUGGUCACGACAGAUAUUGCCAAGCAGCUGCUCAACCAGCGAUCGACGUUGAUCAGUCGUUCGACAUUCCCAGGUACUGGCAGAAACAACGGCCACUGGCUCGGCGACAAUGCUAGCGAGUUUGUAGAGAUGUACUGGUCGAUCCCGGGUAUCAUUGCAAUGAACCUAUUCGGUAUUAAUCUUGUCGGUGCUGAUAUUUGUGGAUUCAAUGGAAACACGACCGUCGAGUUGUGUACUAGAUGGACACAACUCGGAGUGUUUUAUCCAUUCUCUAGAAACCACAAUGCUAUUGGUAUGAACAGUCAAGAACCAUAUGUACUUGGUCAACAGGUUAUUGAUGCCACCAUCACUGGUGUCAACAACAAAUACACCCUCCUUCCAUACUAUUACACACUCUUCCACUGGUCACAUAUUAGUGGCAGUCCUGUUAUCCGUCCACUUUGGAUGGAGUACCCGUUGGACAGCGAUACGUAUAACCUAGACACCCAGUUCCUCGUCGGCGGGCAUUUGUUAGUUUCACCUGUCCUCCAAGAGGGUGCUACCACUGUACAAGCUUAUUUCCCCCAAGACUCAUGGUUUGACUAUUUCACUGGUGCACCAGUUGCCUCUGUUGGUCAGACACUCACCUUGGACGCUCCUAUCGACGUCAUCAAUGUGCAUGUCAGAGGUGGUGUCAUUAUGCCACUUCAACCAACAGCCUCCUACGUCCCACCAGCCGACUCGGUACCCAUUACCACCAAGGUGGCCAGAACUCUGCCAUUCCACUUAUUAAUCGCCAUUCCAGCCACCAGUCCAUUUGGCAAUACCACUGUCGCUACAGGUGAGUUGUUUUUGGACGACGGUAUCUCUAUUGACACUUAUGAAAAUGACAACUACACAUUCAUUCGUUAUGAUGUCCAAAAACAACCAUCAGGUUCAUUUGUUUUAACAUCUUCUAUCGAAUCUUCAAACUACUUUUUAUCAAAUAGUUUGACUACCAUCACCGUCUAUGGUAUCACUCAGUCACCAACCUAUAUCACCUUGGACAACACAAACAAUAUCUCAUCCUACACUUUCGAUUCAGUCAACCAAGUUUUACUCAUCGAUAUUGACCUCCCAAUCGUUGAAAAUUAUCAAAUUUAUAUUAAUUUUGAUUAA